AUGGUAAUGGUGACGAUGAGAGUAACGAUAAUGGAAACGGGGAGCAAUGACGGUGAUAGUGACGUUAAAAGUAACGCGGAUAGUAAUAGUAACGAUGAGUGUAUCAGUAACGAUAACGGUGUCGGUAACUGUAACAGUAACGGUAACAAUAACGGUCAUGGUAACAGUGAUGGUAACUUUAACGGUAACGAUGAUGGUAAUGGUACUGAUAACGAUAACUUAAACGGCGACGGUAAUGGUGACGGUGGCGGUAACAGUGACGAUAAUUGUUACGAUAAUGGUUAUAGUAACGGUAAUGGUAACGGUAACGGUGACGGUCAUAGUAAUGGUUAUAGUAAUAGCGACGGUUACAGUAAUGGUGACGAUGACAGUAACAAUAACAGUAAGAGUUAUGGUUGCAGUAAUGGUAAUGGCCACGAUCAAGGUCACAGUAAUGGUGAUGAUGACGGUAACAAUGAAGGUUAUGGUAAUGAUUACAAUGACGAUAACGGUAACAGUGACGAUGACAAUAACGGUAACAGUAAAAAUGACGAUGACAGUUAUGGUAAUAGUAUUAAUGACGGUGACGAUGACGGUGAUGGUGGCAGUAACCGUCACAGUCAAGAUGACGGUAACGGUGACGAUAACAAUAAUAGAAAGAGUAAUGGUAAUGAUAACGAUAACGAUGACGAUAACAGUUACGAUAACGAUAAGGGUAACAAUGAUGGUGAUGGUGACAAUAACGAUGAUGGUGAUAGUGACGGUAACUAUGACGGUGACGGUAACGAUGACGAUGACAGUAACGGUUACUAUAACCGUAACGGUGACAUGUUAAACACUUGGAAACGAAUUGAGCUAUAUCCCGCUUCAUACCUUGCCACCAAUAUUUACGCCUCAAAUCAUGGUACAUUUUAG